CGGAGAUGAAAUGAAAAGAAUCAUAGAAUGGAAGAGCAUAGUUCAUCAGCCAAAUCUGGGCAGGAGAUGAGUGAGAAGAUAGCUGUUGUUUCUUAUGAUGCUUACAAGACCAAGCCAAAUCUGGGCAGCAGUUUUCUUGAAUCAGCAAUGAGGGCUUUGUUCAAGUGCUUGGGUCAGUUGGGUGUUAACGUCGAAGCUCCUUCAAACACACAAGUUUCUGAUCAAUCACCAGACCAAGUUGAUGAUCUACCAGCAAAGACAGCAGUGGAUCAAACCUCAGGCGGAGUUGUUAUCGUUGCAAGGAGUACCUUAGGCACAGGGAGUGGUGCACAGAUAAAUUGAUCAAUCAAUUUAUUGUGAAUGAGGUUGAUUAAUCACAAAUCUGCUACUUUGAGUUCGUCGCAAGUUAAACCAGCUUUUUUCCUCUUUUUUUUUUUUUUUUUUUUCAAUAAUAAUAGGUUUUGCUCAUCUGAGGGGGCAUAACUUGCUUACAUGAAUUAGUAUGUAGCUAUUUAAUGUAUACUCUUACGAUAAAAGAAUUAGUCCAGAGCUGUAAUUGUAGCUUAUAUAUGAAAUAUACAUAUUUCCACAUCUUCUGGUUA